UCACUCUCCUUUCUUGAUUGCUUCUUCUUGUUGGUUUCUCUUCUAUUUUACCACUAUUUAAUUACAAAAUAUUUAUUAUAAUAUUAAAAAAAACAAAAUACAGCACCCUUUUUCUCCCUUCCCCUACUUCUCCUUCCUCUCGGUUUCCUACUCAUAUUAGUUUCCCAUUUCGAAUAAGGGAAAUAAGCCCUAAUAAUCGAAGUUGAAUCGGCCUCAUGGAUGGUUCAAUUCUCCUGGACCUACUUGUUGAAUUGCCAAACAAGAAGUAGGGAAGAGGGUUCUUGGAAUCUCUGUAAAUUGGAGACCUUUUGAUAGCUCAAGGAGGAUAUAGCAGGUUUAUUUAGAUCAAAUGGCCGAAAGCUGGGAUGGAAGUUAUGAUCCUGGUAGCCAAUCGGAUGACAGUCAUUACUUUGAAAGACUCCGUGUAGAGCCUAUUUAUGAUGCAUUUGUCUGCCCUUUAACAAAGCAGGUUAUGCGUGAUCCUGUCACCUUAGAAAAUGGUCAAACUUUUGAACGUGAAGCAAUAGAGAAGUGGUUCAAGGAAUGCAAGGAGAGUGGAAGGAAGUUGGUUUGCCCCUUGACUCAAAAGGAAUUGAAAAGCACAGACCUCAACCCCAGCAUAGCUUUGCGGAACACCAUUGAAGAGUGGACUGCUAGGAAUGAAGCUGUUCAACUUGAUAUGGCAUGCAGAUCUCUAAACCUGGGCAGUCCAGAAAGUGAUGUUAUGCAUUCUUUGAAGUAUAUUCAAUACAUGUGCCAUAGGAGCCGAUCGAAUAAGCAUGUUGUGCGCAAUGCUGAUUUAAUACCUAUGAUCGUUGAAAUGUUGAAGAGUACCAGUCGUAGAGUCCGGUGUAUUGCUUUGGAAACCCUUCAAACUGUGGUCGAGGAUGAUGCUGAUAAUAAGGCAAUACUGGCUGAGGGUGACACAGUGCGGACCAUAGUUAAGUUUUUGUCUCAUGAGCAAUCCAUAGAAAGGGAAGAAGCUGUCUCCUUGCUGCUUGAGCUCUCAAAAUCCGAAGCCUUGUGCGAGAAGAUUGGUUCAAUCAAUGGAGCAAUUCUCAUUUUGGUUGGAAUGACAAGCAGCAAAUCAGAAAAUCUUUCAACUGUUGAGAAGGCUGAUAAAACUCUGGAAAAUCUGGAGAAGUGUGAGAACAAUGUACGGCAGAUGGCUGAAAAUGGUAGACUGAAACCUCUUUUGAAUCAAAUCCUUGAAGGCCCACCAGAAACUAAACUGUCUAUGGCUUCAUACCUGGGUGAGCUGGUCUUGAACAAUGAUGUGAAAGUCCAUGUUGCUAGAGCUGUUGGUUCAUCUCUGAUCAAUAUAAUGAGAAGUGGUAAUGUACAGUCAAGAGAAGCUGCUUUGAAAGCUUUGAAUCAAAUUUCUUCUUAUGAGGCAAGUGCCAAGGUUUUGAUUGAGGCUGGAAUUCUUCCUCCUCUUGUCAAAGACCUCUUUACUGUUGGCUCCAACCAGCUCCCCAUGCGUCUCAAAGAGGUCUCAGCCACAAUUCUCUCCAAUGUUGUAAACUCCGGCAAUGACUUUGAUUUGAUUCCUGUUGGACCUGACCAUCAGACUCUUGUUUCAGAAGACAUAGUGCAGAACCUACUCCAUCUAAUUAGCAACACUGGUCCAGCUAUUGAAUGCAAGCUUCUGCAGGUUCUUGUUGGACUGACUAGUUCUCCAUCUACUGUUUUAAAUGUUGUCGCUGCCAUUAAAAGCUCAGGUGCUAUUAUCAGUUUGGUUCAGUUUAUUGAGGCCCCCCAGAGGGAUUUGCGUGUAGCUUCCAUAAAACUUCUCCAGAAUGUCUCUCCACACAUGGGGGAGGAAUUAGCUGAUGCUCUCCGUGGCACAGUUGGCCAGCUUGGAAGCCUUUUCAAGGUUGUAGCAGAAAACGUAGGAAUCACAGAAGAGCAAGCAGCUGCAGUUGGCCUUUUAGCUGAGCUCCCAGAAAGGGAUUUGGGUCUCACUAGGCAGAUGCUAGAUGAAAGCGCCUUUCCCCUAAUCAUCUCCAUAGUGGUAAAGAUCCGUCAGGGGGAGAUUAGGGGUGCCCGCUUUAUGACACCAUUUUUAGAAGGACUAGUACGAGUUCUUGCAAGGGUUACUUUUGUGUUGGCUGAAGAGCCGGAUGCCAUUAAGCUCUCCCGUGAGCACAAUCUUGCUGCUCUUUUCAUUGAACUGCUUCAGUCGAAUGGGCUUGACAAUGUACAGAUGGUCUCUGCAAUGGCACUAGAGAACUUAUCUCAAGAGUCAAAAAAUUUAACAAGAUUGCCUGAGUUGCCGCCUCCUACUUUCUGUGCCUCAAUCUUUUCAUGUCUUAGCAAACAGCCUGUCAUAACUGGAUUGUGCCGGCUCCACCGAGGAACAUGUUCCCUAAAAGAUUCAUUCUGUCUUCUGGAAGGACAGGCUGUUGAGAAGCUGGUAGCUCUUUUAGACCACACGAAUGAGAAAGUGGUUGAAGCAGCUCUUGCUGCAAUUUCUACUUUGUUGGAUGAUGGGGUUGCCAUUGAACAAGGGGUUGCAGUGUUGUGUGCGGCAGAGGGAAUUAGACCUAUAUUUGACGUGUUACUGGAGAAACGAACAGAGAAUCUGAGAAGGAGGGCAGUUUGGGCUGUUGAGAGACUUUUACGGACUGAAGACAUAGCAUAUGAAGUUUCUGGAGAUCCAAAUGUGAGUACUGCACUUGUUGAUGCUUUCCAGCAUGCUGACUAUCGAACACGGCAGAUUGCUGAGCGUGCCCUGAAACAUGUUGAUAAGAUACCCAAUUUCUCUGGUAUCUUUCCAAAUAUGGGUUAGGCCGCUUACUGAUCCUGGAGCUGUAUGUAAUUCAUCGUGUGUCCCGAGCCAUUUAUGGUUAUGCUAGCGUUAAGCUGCAGGUAGAUAUUGUUGUAAACAGAUUUUUUAUCUGUAAAGGUUUUGAAAGUGUUCAUUGGUUUCUAAUCA